AUGGCAUCAUCAUCCGAAAAAAUACCCUCUACAUCCCCAUCUACCUCCUCACCUUCUUCCUCCUCCUCUUUCGCAAGCCGCUCACUGAAACCCUCCUCCAAAUCCUCCCAACUUCUCAUCCUCAGACUCUCCCCUUCCCUCCUCUCCCGUUUCCCUGGCUCGACACCCCCAGACCCCACCUCCACCGCAGAAGAUAAAAAUUCAAAGUCUUCCUCAUUCUCUUCCCCGUCCAACACAGCCACCGCUGCUGCUGCUGUUGCUGGCACUACAACCAACACCGCACCUGUACCAGCAGACAACGCUUCAGACGCUGCAUCAGCAUCUACUCCCACCCCGCAAUCCGAUGCGCAGAAACGCAAAGGUGUCCCCGGACCCAAACCGGGGACCAAAAGGGGACUAGGACAGGGUGUUGGAGGUGAUAACAAUGGUAAUAAUAAUACGACGAUGACUCCAAAACCGAGAGGGAAGCCUGGGCCGAAGAAGAAGGCGAGAUUGUAA